ACAUGGCGGACGACUGACAAAAUUUUCCAAAUUUUUGUGCAUUUUCCACCCUUUUUCUCUUCUCAUUGCCUCUGAAGUACAAAAUCAGCAAUGAGUCACGGUCAUUCGCACGGCAGUGGUGCUGGUGAAUGUGGACAUAGUCAUGGUGGUCACAGCCACGGUGGCCAUAGCCAUGAUGAUGGACAGCAAAAUAUGCAGCAGCUUGAUGGCAUUGAAAUUUCCCAUGCUCAACUUGCUGCAGCAGCGAAGGCAAAUGCUGCAAUGUCAAUGUUGCAAGGACAGGGUUUUGGGAACUUUGGAACUGUGCAUGAAGCCGUGUCUAAUGCCCUCCCUCAAGACUUUGCAAAAAUGCUUAUGAUGAACCCAGAUUCAGUGAAUGCUCGAGGUUGGUCUGGGCUGACCCCUAUGCACCGAGCUGCUAUCAGAGGAGAGCCACCAAUCAUCAACAUACUCUGCCACAUGGGUGCUGACAUAAAUGCUCGCAAUGACUUUGAAGAAACACCCCUGAUGUUUGCCUGUCGUGCAGGAAAAGUUCAUAUUGUCCAUUUCCUGUUGGAUCUGGGUGCUGAUUUGACGAUGGUUGACAAAGCGGGCAAAGGAGCCAUGCUCCAUGCCUGCAUGGGGGGAAGUGUACCUGUGAUCCAUUACCUCCAUGAAGUACGAGGCAUCCCUUUCAAUGUUCACUCUGAACAGGAGGAAUACCCAGUUCACCUGCUUGCCCAGCAUGGCCAUGUCGAUGCAUUUAGUUAUAUCUUGAGGAAAGAGAGGUGUGACAUCUUCCAAAAUGAUAAGAGUAAUAAUAGCGUGAUGCAUCAUGCGGUGAAAGGAGGCCGAGAUGACAUCUGUUGGGCAUUGUUGGAAAAGGGUGGUUGUCGUAUGUUACACAUGAGAAACGAUAAGGGAUUGUGCCCUCUAGAUGAAGAAAAGGAAGCAAAACCAGACUUCACGCAUCAGCAACUAGUCAAGAAAUUGAAGCCAUACACUGAGAUGGACAAAACUUAUCGUCCCCGAGCACCAGUUCUCUGGUGGUACUGGUCCCUGAUCAUGCCAUUCACAAUGAUCGCUGGCCUCGUCAUGUUGGCCAGAAUGUUAGGCAUCAACCAAGGGCUCAUCAUGUUCUUGGGAGUGCUGGUGUUGGGCUAUAAGGUGUGGAUGGCUGGUCACAGGCUGCCCCAUCUAUCAAGAGUUGCCAAUCCCACAUAUCUAGGACUGUACUUUGGAGGGCAGCUUCACAUGGCUAUAUGUAUAUUUUCUGAACUGGUUCCUGCUACAUACCGUUCACAUGGUGGCGUGUUUUGGGCUACUGUUGCUCUUGUACCCAUUUAUAUCUAUCUUGUUGGGAAGAUGAUCAUCUCUGACCCAGGAAGAGUAAGAGAAUCAGUCAAGAAAGAGGGAACUGGUGAAAGAGCCUCCAUCCGCGAUGUUGCCAUGGGAAUAGUGAGACUGGAUCGAUUCUGUAUUCAUUGUGAAAUCAUACAGCCGGCCAAAACGAAGCACUGUAAACUCUGUAACUACUGCAUCCAAGGUGCAGACCAUCACUGUCUCUUCAUGAUGAAAUGCAUCGGCCGAAACAACCACUGUCACUUUGUCUAUUUCAUAUUAUUCUCAAUCGUCUCUGCAGUAAUGUUUUACGUAAAUGUCUCCUUGUAUGCCUGGAAGGUUUUCCCCGAUAAAGAUCUGUUCACGUCGAUCUUGCUACUUUUUGACUCUGACGCCAUGAUAGCUUGUAGUAUUUUUCUUGCCGCCUGUUGUCUAGGUGUUGGUAUUUAUGUACUAUAUUACCAGUACGAAACGGUCUCUAAGGGUGAGACAUGGAUAUUUUUCUCAAAAGCGCCUGUGCAUGGUUUGACGGGUGCAGAACAGUUUCUGAACAUCGUUUAUUUCUUGGCGGGAAAGCAUGCGUAUAAAACAGAUCCGUUCUACGACAUUGAAAGCUCCCCUUCUGAUCCGACAGAUUACUAGUCCUGCAAGUGCCACAGGUUAAAAUUGUUAUCUUUUAUAUGAUGUAAGAAAAUACUAAUUCUGUAUUCAUAGAAAAUGUACAUACAUGUCCAUGUAUUUAUUGUAGUUACAUGUACAGUAUUGCUACUCUGGUCACCAUACAGCGAACACUCGUGUGAAUUGGCUGGAUUCCAUCCGUGGUUUGCCCAAAAUCCUUGGAUUGAGAGUCACACUCCUGUAAAACCAGUUAAAAUUGUUUAAUAAAUGAUUAUUGAAAUAGCUUGCAGUGAGAGGAGCUUGAAUUAUUUUGCAAUUUUGUGUUGAAUUGUCUUUUUAUACUUUGUUUACAAGCAAUCUUUUGAAAAAAGAGGGUGUUUUGUGGCUUUUGGCAUCUUUAUUCUUUAAAGUUCUCUUUAAUACAAAGUGUGCAUGUUCGUGAUGUAAAUGGACAGAGGGUCUUUAAUCUGCUUCUUUCAUAGCCGAGUCGCUUUCCUCUCAAAAGUCGUGACAUAUUCAGUUUACUCAUGUGAUAGAGAGGGCAACUCCUGUCAACAUGGUAGGUUUCCUCCUACUUCACAUUACAAAAUCAUCCAAUGUUGUUCACAGAGCCAAGAAUGUCUUUGCAUGCCAAACGUUCUGAGGAUCUCGGUGCCAGUUAAAUUAACUAUAUAUAUAUUCUUUUUGAGGUUUUGUUAUCACUUUUUAUGGAAUUCACGUUUGUCGGAGAUCGCUUAUCAUGGUGGUAUAAGGCUUGCUUCAGUGAGCCUUUUUUGUAAACUUGUAGUUAAACCUCUCGUAUGCAAUGAGAAUAAAUUUUAUAUGAAAGAA